CACAUGCUGCUGCGUAUGUGAUGUCUCCUCCUCUUCGACCUAAUCGUGAAACUCCAACAGUUUUGAUGAAAUUACUGUCUAGUGGUGUGUUGCAAACUACUGGAUCAGAUAACUGUACCUUCAACAUGAUCCAAAAAGAAAUGGGGGUAAAAGAUUUUACUAAAAUCCCUAAUGGUGUCAAUGGUGUAGAAGACAGAAUGUCAAUUAUAUGGGACAAAGGUGUAACGACCGGCUUACUUGAUCCUUGUCGCUUUGUUGCUGUUACUAGUACAAACGCUGCCAAAAUAUUUAAUAUUUAUCCCCAGAAGGGCAGAAUUCAAAUUUCCUCCGACGCAGAUGUUGUUGUAUGGGGUCCACACGCAACACGCAUAAUUUCUUCUAAAACACACCAGCAACGUGUUGAUUUUAAUAUAUUUGAAGGUAUGAAGGUUAGCGGAGUUCCUGACUAUGUUAUUUCAAAAGGAAAUGUUGCUGUUGAAUAUGGCAAAUUACACGUUACUCAGGGUACUGGACAAUUUAUUCCAACGGAACCAUUUUCGCCUUUUGUAUAUGCUCGUUUACAACAGAAAGAGAUACCUCCAACUCCCAUUCUUCGUGAUACGCCUACUGAUAGAGUUUUUAGCACUUUUGUAGGUGUUUCAUCUUCAGAACAAUAGAAGUAAGCAAUGUAGUAUAGAAUUUCAUUUCUAUAAAGC